AUGUGUGCUAAUUUCUCUCUACAUUCCAUAAGUUGCUCCACCUACCUAGCCGCGCAAGAUAGGGAGCACAAGUUCUUAUCGAUAGCGGUAGAAGAGGCCUACCGAGCGGUCGACCGUGGCCAUGGGCGCCCAUUUGGCGCGGUCGUGGUCCGCAACGACCAAGUAGUGGUCAGUUGCCAUAACAUGGUUGUGAAGAACACCGAUGCAACCGCCCAUGCCGAAGUUACUGCAAUAAGAGAGGCUUGCAAGAAGCUCGGGAAGAUCGACUUGUCGGAUUGCGAAAUGUAUGCAUCCUGCGAACCUUGCCCGAUGUGUUUCGGCGCUGUUCGUCUAUCCCGGAUCAAGAGGCUGGUGUAUGGAGCCACGGCAGAAGCUGCUAUUGCCAUGGGAAGCUGCUACCAGAGCGCCAACUUGGAGAUAAAGCGAGUGGAUGGGAAUGGAGCCCUGCUUGCUGAACAACUCUUUGAGAACACCAAGGGGAAAUUUCAAAUGUACUAA